AUGUUGUACGAAAUUGCUGAUUUGAAGGACGUUUUGAAUGGCAGUGAUUGGUCAAUCACAGCACGUGUACUAAACAAAUCCGAUGUUCUUCCAUAUAAAAAGGGCUAUGGAAAAAGUUUUACAACAUUAUUAUUUGACCAAACUAGUAAAAUACAAGCUGUUGCUUUUGGAGGCAAUGUUGAUCGUUAUUUUUCACAACUUCAGGAAAAUAAUGUUUACAAUAUUAAAAAUUGA